ACAGGUAUGACUAUGAGGAGGUCGACUCCGACGCUGCCAACAAGAUGAUCAAGGAUCUGGAAACAGUAAUGUUUGACGCAUCCUUCAUAGGAAAGAAGUUCUCAUCCGGUGAUAAGACUUACAAGGUGACUGUCGCUGACAACUUUGCUUACACAGACCCUGUGGACGAAAGUGUGUCCAAAAACCAGGGCCUCAGGAUCAUCUUCUCUGAUUGUUCUAGGAUUAUUUUCCGUCUCAGCGGUACAGGCAGUGCAGGAGCAACCAUCAGGCUCUACAUAGACAGCUACGAGAAGGACCCCCAGAAAAUUGAUCAGGACCCACAGGUCAGGAAAAGAAGCAGUUAUUCCACCUAGAUCUGGCGAG